AUGUCAUUCAAGCCUAUCCCUGCAGUAUUCCAUGCAGCGUCGAUGUCUAUCAUGGCAUAUGGAUUUAUGUCCCUGGGCACUGUUACGUCUAACGAAUGGAUUAGCAAACAAACUGGUGGUCACUGGCAAUUUCUAACAAUCCUUGGACUGGCCGCAGCGUGGGUUACCAUAGCUUUGAGUCUGCUUGGAGAUCUCUUCCCAUCUUCUCAAAGCGUCAGUGGAAUUAAAAGAUCACUGUUGAUGAUUUCUUUACCAGUUUCAAUAAUUGUCUCAGGCAUUUAUUGGACGCUCAUGCUUGCUUUCCCCCACUUGAUAUUGCCUCCUAUUGAAACCCCGUCAGAGCCAGUUGAACCCUCAUCCGCUCCCGAAGCGCCCCAGUUCUAUCAGAUUCCUUUGAAGAUGGACCUCGCGCUUCACCUCGUACCAUCAAUCUCACUGGUUCUCGAUUUCUUCAUUCUUGAGAGGAAAUACGCAGCUCGUCAGCUCAAGACUCAGGCCCCAUUCUUAGCUACAUUGGCGGCAGUAUCUUAUGCGACAUGGGCAGAAUACUGUGCUAGCAAGAACGGUGCAUUUCCCUAUCCUUUCCUGACGAUUAGCCCAUUCCAUAUUCGGGUGGUGAUUUACGCAGUGACCACGCUACUCGCUUAUCUCUCGCUCCUAGGCCUAAAUUACGUGCAUCCAAGGCAAGCACUCGCAACGGGGGUGGAUGCCAUUCAGAAGCCAGUCUCUCCUGAAACUUUCUCCAAUUAA